GCUAAACUCAAUCAAAAUUUGUUGUGUGAAAUAAAUAUUUAUAUGUGGAUCGAGUGUGUGUGCACAAAGUAGCCCCAAAAUUUAGGCAUUAAUAAUGCUGUGGAUAGUGUCUGCGUGCUUCUGCAUUUGUUUCUCUUUUCUGAUCCUUUACUCGAUGUGCCUCUGCAUUGUGAUAUUUAUUUCCAUUUUAUACGGCUAUGAGAUUGAGAAUUGGAAUGGUUAAGAAAUCCACUGGUAGAUCUCCUCAACUUUAAAACUGAUGCAAUAAACCGGAAAAGCUUUGCCCCAAAGAAAACCACAGGAAGUGAGUGAGAGAGAGAGAGAGUGACGGAGCUUUGGCUGUGACUCUCCCUCCCGUCGUCUGUGGUUCGGCGGCACUGACUGCACAACAUUUUGUGAGUCGCUCAGUUUGAUUCGUGCUCUCUCUACGGUUGGGGGAACGAUGGAAACACAGCGCAAUAUCACGGAUCUGCCGCUGGAGGUUCUUCACCUCAUAUUCAAAAGGAUUGAAAAUCGACAGGAGAAAUUUCAAUUGGCGCAGGCCCAUGACGUUCUGGGCAAGGCGUUCGCCUACCACAGUCGCGACAGAUACAGAAGCCUGACCAUUAAUUCCGUCAGUAACCAUGACAAUUGUGCGCUUAUUUUGCAGACCUGUGGCCCCACUGUACGGCAGUUGGUCUAUCACAGUGGCAGCGAUGAUUUGGGGCAACUAGUGGCGAAACAUUGCCAUCACUUGGAGUCGCUUGAUUUCCAUGUCACUGCAAGCAAUGCCCACGUCAUGGAAUCCUUGAUACUCUUACUCAAAGGAAGGGAUACGAUAAAAUCGAUUGUGAUACACAUGGCCAGAGAUGUGCCCGUUGCAGUCCUUCAUGGCCUGCGAGAAUUGCCACAGCUCAAGAAACUGGACUUCUGUCAGGAUGCAGGGGAUGCAGUCUACGAGCUACGGCAGUUGGUUGACUUGGAAGAACUGAAAAUAAAGUCCCGUUCGCACCAUGAACAAAUCAAAAUUCUCGAGAUAUGUGCUCCCCUGAAGAAACUACGGCACUUGACGGUGACCAACAUAAAUAUUCAAGCCCAUGGGGAUGCGGAAACUGCUUUAAUGCCGUGGCCCGCCCUCGAGUGUCUCAACCUGCAGCAGUGCCUGCUCGCAGCCGAGUUGCCCCACUUCCCAAAUCUGACAUUCCUGGCCCUUUGGUCAUGUCAAUGCCACAUCGAGAACUUGGUUUGUGCAACUAUUUUGCGGCAUGCAAUUAGCUUGGAGUGCCUGGAAAUCGACUGCCUGCCGCCGCCCUUGGAUGGGGAUGGUUUCCUCCAGGUGCUACGUGCCUGUACCAAACUCCGAGACUUUUGUGUACCCAUGCGCAAGGUGCCCAUCUACCGGGCGUACGUGUUUGCCAUGGUAGAGAUUCUGCGGGAGAAUGGCCAUACACCCGAAAACCCGUUCACAUUGUGGCUGUUCGAUCGUCCAAAGAUGCGGUGGAUCAAACGAUUGGUUGCCCAGAGUUCUUGUCCCGGUAUAAUUGACCUCAAAGUUGUUAAAAUAUGCUGUUAAAAAUAAACGCACGCCUCAAAGAUGCA